AUGGAAACCGCUGAGGACUACAACAGGGACAGGUUACAUGAUGAACUCUAUACGUUAACACCUAACACACCAAGCCAGCAGGCGAUAAUUGUCGGAAUUGAUGCGAAUGCAAAGAUGGGACUUAAACAACAAUCCGAUAAAGGAUCAUCGACACCAUCAGCUUACGCGUCAAGGGACAACCCCAUUGACGUCGGAAGAGCAGCGAAAGCAGAAGAUGAGGACUCUUGUACUUCAGCUCGACUACGUUCUGACGAAGAACAUUACGGUCCAAGAAACGGUAGCCCAACAUCAACCGAUAUGGCAGGUCUGAAGAACGAAGAAUGCAGAAAGAAGUUCCGCCAACGAGUGUCGGAUGCUGCAAAGAAAAAGCUUCCGGUUUUAGCAUCGAGGGAGAAGUUAGCUUUUGCAAGUGCGAAAACAGUAUCUGCGUACAAUUCUGUUUGUGUUGCUGGUGACUUAACCCAAGAAAAGCGGCUGAGAAGGAAAUUGCAUCGUCAGCUGAAUCGUGAUCGUGAUCGUGAGAACGAAUGGACGUCAAGAGCGAAGGAGUUUGAGGUGCCGUAG